AUGUCGUCGUCCAAGCAGGGCAGCGGCAAUGCCGACAACAACCUCAACCAGUACAAGUACUCUGCUAUGAGUAACUUGGUGCUGCAGGCCGACAGACGUUUUGUUUCGAGACGUGGCGACGAUGCGACCGGCGAUCCAGAGUCACUGGCUGGAAGGAUUAAUCUGGGCGAAAUGGGCUCAAGAACAUCGAGGGAAAAGGCUCCAGUCUCGGCCGCGACACAGGAUCAGGCGCGCAAGAGAAAACGGACAGAGCCUGUGCAGGGUUCGCGCGCUGCUGGCAUCUUGUCAAAUGCGGAUAUGAAUGUCGAAGGUCUGAAAUACCGACCUCGGACGGCGGCGACCAAGGAUGUUUAUGACUUGAUCUCUUCUGAGGUUGCCAAGAAGAUGGGCGGAGACUAUGGUCUGUCGAUCACAGCUUCUGCGACAGAUUCGAUAUUGGAAUAUCUCAAGGAUCCUGGAAUGAAGGACUUCGACAAGAAGAAGGAAAUUGACGAUAUCCUUGGUAUCACGACUUCGAGCAAAGAGUUCAAUCAGCUGGUGAAUCUGGGCAAGAAGAUUACGGAUUAUGAUGCUCAAGAUGAAGAUGAGGAUAUGAAGGAUGACGAGGAUGCGGACUUGGACGACCAGCAGGGUGUGGCAGUCGACUUCGGUGACGAGGACGAUGACGAGAAUGCUGGGCAAACAUUUGAGGUCCGAGACGAAGGCGAAGACUCAGAAGACGAUCUCGAGCUUGGCGCAGAAGAAGCUGCUGAAGACGGUGCAGGUCCACCUCCAGACGCUGAUGGUGGAGACGAGGAAGAGGAUGACGGCAUGGUGAUUGAAAGCCGGCCCCGGCGACGAGGAAAGGAAGACAGCGACCCAAACUUCGUACCUGCACACGAGAUCGAUGCAUACUGGCUGCAACGGCAAAUAGGGCAGAUUUAUGACGACGUGCAUAUCCAGGCCGAGAAGACGCGAGAGGCGGAAAGCAUUAUGUCUGGCGUGGAUGAGUCUGGAGAAGAAAAGCCCUUGCGUGAGGUUGAAAAUGACUUGAUGGAGCUAUUUGACUACGAACACCACGAACUUGUUGGCAAGCUUGUGAAGAACAGAGACAAGAUCAUCUGGGUCACGCGAUGGCGAAAGGUGGCCGAAGACGACGCGUCGAGAGUCGCAUUUGAGAAAGAGAUGGUCAAUGCCGGACACGCUAGCAUACUGAAGGAGCUGCGAGGACGAGAUGCAGCUCCAGAAAAGACUGGUCCAAAGCUCCAAGUCAAGCUUGACCCCAUGCAGCUUGAUGCCAAGCUGGAAGCCAAGGACGAGGAUGAAGUGAAGAAGGAAGGUCUGGUCGGUGGACUCCAGCCACGGAAGACUCUGAAUCUGGACGAUCUGAAAUUCGAUCAAGGCAAUCACCUCAUGACCAACCAGAACGUACGAUUACCGCAAGGGUCGACCAAGCGGACUUUCAAAGGCUACGAGGAAAUUCAUGUUCCAGCGCCGAAGCGAAAACAGAUUCCUGGCGAAAAGCCUCUCAUUCCCACAUCUGAUCUUCCAUCUUGGGCGCGAACAGGAUUUGGCACAUCUCAAUCCCUCAACCGCAUUCAGACGCAAUGUUACGCAUCUGCAUUCGAGGACGAUGGUAACAUGCUGAUUUGCGCGCCCACUGGUUCUGGUAAAACGAACGUGGCUAUGCUUACCAUGCUUCGCGAGAUUGGCAAGCACCGAGAUCCAACUACAGGAGAGAUCAACUUGGAUGAGUUCAAGAUCAUUUACAUUGCACCUUUGAAAGCUUUGGUGCAAGAGCAAGUCGGCAACUUUGGCAAGCGGCUUGAGUCGUAUGGCAUCACGGUUUCUGAACUCACUGGUGAUCGACAGCUCACCAAACAGCAAAUUGCGGAAACACAGGUCAUUGUCACUACACCGGAGAAGUGGGAUGUCAUUACUCGCAAGGCUACCGACACCAGCUACACCAACCUGGUUCGCCUAAUAUGUAUUGACGAGAUUCAUCUUCUCCAUGAUGAUCGUGGUCCGGUCCUGGAGAGCAUCGUGUCUCGAACAAUCAGACGAACAGAACAAACUGGCGAUCCCGUCCGUAUCGUUGGUCUAUCAGCUACUCUGCCUAACUACCGAGACGUAGCUACUUUCCUUCGAGUUGAUCCACAGAAAGACCUCUACCACUUCGACGGCACCUUCCGACCUUGCCCUCUCAAGCAGGAGUUUAUCGGCGUUACAGACAAGAAGGCUAUCAAACAGCUCAAGACCAUGAACGAGGUCUGCUAUACCAAGGUCUUAGAGCAAGUUGGGCAGAACAAGAACCAGAUGCUGAUCUUCGUUCACUCAAGAAAAGAGACUGCGAAGACUGCGAAGUUCAUCCGAGACAAAGCCCUUGAGGCAGAUACGAUUGGACAGAUCAUUCGGAGCGAUGCGGCAAGUCGAGAGAUUCUGCGAGAAGAGUCGGAGACCGUUGCCAACGCUGACCUUAAGGAUGUUCUUCCCUACGGCUUUGGUAUUCACCAUGCUGGUAUGAGCAGAGCAGAUCGAACCACAGUAGAGGAUCUUUUCGCAUCUGGUGAGAUUCAAGUCCUGGUUUGCACUGCGACACUGGCGUGGGGUGUCAAUUUGCCAGCGCAUACGGUCAUCAUCAAAGGAACGCAAAUCUACUCACCCGAGAAAGGUUCCUGGGUCGAGCUCAGUCCUCAGGAUGUGCUGCAAAUGCUUGGCCGUGCUGGUCGUCCACAGUACGACACCUAUGGAGAAGGUAUCAUCAUCACCACACAGGCAGAGAUUCAGUACUACUUGUCUCUGCUCAACCAGCAAUUACCGAUUGAGUCGCAAUUUGUGUCGAGAUUGGCAGACAAUCUGAAUGCUGAGAUCGUGCUUGGCAAUGUCCGAACUCGUGACGAAGGCGUGGAAUGGCUUGGAUACACUUAUCUUUUCGUACGGAUGCUACGUUCUCCAGCACUUUAUCAAGUUGGCGCAGACUAUGAAGAAGACGAAACGCUCGAACAAAAGCGCGUUGACCUCAUCCACUCUGCUGCGGCGGUUCUGGAGAAAGCUAGUCUGAUCAAGUAUGACAAGAAGACAGGCCGCUUCCAGUCAACCGAUCUUGGCCGAGUCGCAAGUCAUUACUACAUCACGCAUGCCAGUAUGUUGACUUACAACAUGCAUAUCCAGCCAUCCGUCAGCCCCAUUGAGCUUUUCAGGAUUUUUGCUCUCAGCGAAGAGUUCAAGUACAUUCCGGUGAGACAGGAUGAGAAGCUCGAAUUGGCAAAGCUUCUUGGCCGAGUACCUAUCCCCGUCAAGGAGACCAUUGAUGAGCCACAUUGCAAGAUCAAUGUGCUUUUGCAGGCAUACGUGAGCAGACUGAAGUUGGAAGGCCUAGCCCUGAUGGCAGAUCUUGUCUACGUUACUCAGUCUGCAGGCCGUAUCUUGAGAGCCAUGUUCGAAAUUGCACUCAAGAAAGGCUGGUCGCAAGUGGCCAAAGAUGCACUGGACCUGUGUAAAAUGGCAGAGAAGCGCAUGUGGCCAACAAUGACACCUCUGCGGCAAUUUCCAGAUUGCUCGCCAGACAUCAUCAAGAAGGCUGAGCGAAUGGACGUGCCAUGGACCAGCUAUUUCGACCUCGAUCCACCUCGAAUGGGUGAGCUUCUGGGCAUGCCCAAGCAAGGACGACAAGUAUGCAACCUGGUCGCCAAAUUUCCCAGACUGAGUCUCCAGGCACAAUGUCAGCCCAUCACUCGGUCCAUGCUUCGAGUUGAGCUGACGUUGACGCCGAACUUCGAGUGGGAUGAUUCGAUCCAUGGCCGCGCUGAGAGUUGGUGGAUCAUGGUUGAGGAUUGCGAUGGAGAAGAUAUUCUCUUUCACGACCAGUUCCUCCUGCGUAAGGAAUACGCCAUUGUGGAAAUGAAUGAGCAUAUCGUCGAAUUCACGGUGCCCAUCACCGAGCCGAUGCCACCAAACUAUUUCAUUUCUGUCUUCAGCGACAGGUGGAUGCACGCAGAGAGCAAGCUUACACUGUCCUUCCAAAAGUUGGCCCUACCCGACAAGUUCCCACCACACACGCCUCUGUUGGAUAUGCAGCCUUUGCCAGUGCAGGCUUUGAAGCGGGAAGAUUUCGUUGGCCUUUAUGAGCAGUGGCCACAAUUCAAUAAGAUCCAGACUCAGACGUUCAACGCGCUAUUCCAGUCUGACGACAACGUCUUCGUUGGUGCGCCGACUGGCAGUGGGAAGACGACUUGCGCCGAGUUCGCACUGUUGAGACACUUUACGAAGAAGGAAGCGGGCAGAGCAGUAUAUAUUGCGCCAUUCCAAGAGCAAAUCGAUGCGCAGCACAAGUCGUGGAAAGCCAGACUAGGCCCGAUAGCUGGAGGCAAGACCGUCGUCAAGCUUACUGGUGAGACCACGGGCGAUCUAAAGCUGUUGGCAGAGGGUGAUCUUAUCCUUGCUACGCCAGUGCAAUGGGACAUGAUGUCUCGAGGCUGGCAAAGACGGAAAAAUGUUCAGAACGUCAGCCUGAUCAUCGCAGACGACCUGCACAUGCUCGGUGGACAUCACGGCUACAUCUACGAGGCAGUCAUGUCAAGAUCGCAGGCUAUCAAAGCACAGCUUGAGAACGACCUGCGCACGAUCGGACUGAGCGUGUCUCUCUCGAACGCGCGAGACAUUGGCGAAUGGAUCGGAUGCAACAAGCACACCAUAUUCAACUUCAGCCCGAAUAACCGACCGCUGCCACUCAAUCUUCACCUGCAGACCUUCAACAUUCCUCACUUCCCGUCGCUCAUGCUGGCUAUGACCAAGCCGACGUACCAGGCUAUCUUGCAGUAUGCACCAGAGAAGCCAACGAUCGUCUUUGUGCCAAGCAGGAAACAGGUUCGAGCUACUGCACAAGAUCUCCUGGCGGCUUGUGUUGCAGACGACAAUGAAGACAGAUUUUUGCAUGCUGAGGCAGAAGAGCUCGAGAAAAUAUUGGCGAAGGUCAAAGAGCGAAGCCUUGCAGAGAGCUUGGCUCAUGGUAUUGCUUACUACCAUGAAGCUCUGUCGGAUUCAGACAAGCGCAUCGCUGAGCAUCUAUUCACGGUAGGUGCUGCGCAGGUCAUGCUGGUCUCGAGGGACUGCGCUUGGGAGAUCCAGAGCUUUGCUCAUUUGGUGAUCGUCAUGGGUACACAAUUCUUCGAAGGCCGAGAGCAUCGAUACAUUGACUAUCCCAUCAGUGACGUGCUGCAGAUGUUUGGCAAAGCUGGACGACCCUCAGAAGAUAAAGACGCACGUGGAGUGCUGAUGUGUCCGGACGUCAAGCGCAACUAUUACAAGAAGUUUCUUGGCGAGGCACUGCCCAUCGAGAGUCAGUUGCUCAGCUAUAUGCAUGACGCAUUCGUCACAGAGAUCAGCACCAAGACCAUAGAGUCAACGCAAGAUGCCGUCGACUGGACUACUUACACAUACUUCUACCGACGACUUCUGGCAAAUCCAAGCUUCUACGGCUUGACAGAUACUUCGCACGAAGGCCUCAGCACAUACCUCUCCGAACAAGUGGAGCAGACUCUCAAAGACCUCAAUGAUGCCAAUAUCAUCGAUCUCGACGAGGAAGAAGACACAAUCACGCCGCUUAAUGCCGCCAUGAUUGCAGCUUACUACAACAUCUCCUUCAUCACGAUGCAGACACUUCUGCUUUCACUCAAACGUAGCACGAAGCUGAAAGGCAUCCUUGAAAUCGUCACUGCCGCCACCGAAUUUGAGGACGUUCAAAUCAGACGGCACGACGAGCACGUCCUGCAACGCAUCUACGAUCGCGUCCCCGUCAAGCUUUCCGAAGCCAACUUUGAAUCACCACACUUCAAAGCCUUCGUCCUCCUCCAAGCCCAUUUCUCCCGCAUGCAACUCCCUCUCGACCUCGCCAAAGACCAAGAAGUCAUUCUCCGCAAAGUCCUCAACCUCCUCAGCGCCUGCGUCGACGUCCUCUCCUCCGAAGGCCACCUCAACGCCAUGUCCGCCAUGGAAAUUUCUCAAAUGGUCGUCCAAGCCAUGUGGGACCGCGACUCCCCCCUCAAACAAAUCCCACACUUCUCCGACGAAAAAAUCCAAGUCUGCGAAAAAUUCGGAAUCAAAGACGUCGUGGAAUUCCAAGACGCCAUGGAUCCCGAAGAAAAUCCAAACCACAAAUCCCUCAUGUCCGCUCUCAACUUCUCUACACCCGAACUCGCCGACGCGGCGAAUUUCGUCAACGAACGAUACCCCAACAUCGAUCUCGACUUCGAACUCGAAGAUCCCGAUUCCAUCACUUCCGGAACUCCUACAUCCCUCAACAUCUCUCUCACACGUCAAUUAGAAGACGACGAAGAACCUAAUCUCAAAGUCCACGCCCCCUUCUAUCCCGCGGAGAAAACUGAGAAUUUCUGGCUUGUGGUGGGAGAGGAGAGUACGAGGAGUUUGCUUGCGAUCAAGAGGGUGACGGUUUUUAGGGAUUUGAAGACGAAAUUGGAAGUUGUGGUGCCGACGCCCGGGAAACAUGAGUUGACGCUGUUUUUGAUGUGUGAUGGUUAUGUUGGGGUUGAUCAGGCUCCGACUUUUGUUGUGGAGGUUGCGGAGGGCAUGGAGGAGGAUGAGGAUGAGGGGGAUGAGGAGGGGGGUGAGUAGAAUUUUGAAUGUGGGUGUGGUAGAAAAGACUAGAGUGAAUGGUGUGUGGUAAUUCCUUUC